AGGGAGGGAUCUGUGAAAACGGAUUGCGAGUUGCUUGUAGUCUGUUCAGUGACCUAUUCAUUCACACGGUGCUUCAUCUGAGUAAUGCGUGCGCUUUCGUGUUCAGCCUGUCUUCAGCAGAAUUAGUGAUUGUCCUCAUUUUGUUUCCUUGGUGUCGUUAAUUGCAGGAUAGGAGCUGUCAUUUGGACGGAAACCAAAGUGCGAAGUGCCAAUAAUUUGGAGUAGCCUCGACAACACGCAAACUACCUCCGAUAGGCUACAUUUGAGAGGGAAACAGCGCGUGAAAUGGCUUCGAAUGGGGAAAACGAAGAUUCUGUGGUGAACUUGGAUCUAACGAAGGAGCAAAUCGAACAGCUGGAGGAUAACUUUAUGAGAGUCAGCAAGCAUCCAGAUGGGACGACUCUCAUGAUAAUCGCGGCAGAGUGCGGACUGUCCGAAGAAGAUGCAGCAAAGUGGUUCAGGAUGCGCAACGCUCAGUGGAGGAAGUCCGAGGGCCUGCCGGCCAAACUGGGAUCGGUGAUGGACUGAAGGAGGAUGACGGGGGGCCCGCCCCAUUGGCUGACUGCGGCAGAGGGAGGAGUCAGCGCCAUUUUCCCCUUUUCCUUCCUCUUUCUUUACCUAUCCGAAACCAGGGACGUGCAGUGAGGGCAGGCAAGAUGGCCCCCUCCUACCUUGUGAAAAAGCUAGAGAGAAAAAAAACGACAUAAUUAAAUUGCUGUGAUAUUUGUUCCUUGCAUUUGCUAUGCAUUUCCUGCACAGUGUAAAGGGUUUUUUUUUUCUUCACUCAUACAAGUAUUGUGCUGAGGUGUGUGGCUUUGAAGGCAAUGGGUAGGAUGUGCCCCCUACAGGCAGAGAUGUUUAGUGCACUUCCAUCAGUUUUUCUCACAGGAGUCCCCCCCCCCCCCCCCCCCGCUGGUACACAUGCACUCUUAUUUCCUGUAAAAUGAAGGAGGGAGGUCAGGUGACACACUUCAGCGGCCACAUCCUGCACAGUUCCUCUUGCCAAAAAAGAAAACUUUUUUUUUUACUCAGCCCAAAAUAGAGUGUUGCCACCUAAAAUGACAGAUGUGUUUUCCGUGUCCAAGCUGAGGUCAUGCCUGCAGUCUGGGGCUGCAAAGUCCGGCACACUGGGAACUAAUCCAGCGCUUAACUCCACUCUGGGGGUCACUGUCUCUGUCUGCAGUGGACUCACAUGCACACUGAGCACACAAAUGUGUGUUUAUGAUGCAUGUAUCUCGCCUAUGGCUAUAUUAUAUGUAAAAAAUGCUGUUUAUUUAGGCUUCUGAGAGGCUUAUUGAGUAAGUGUGUUUCCCAUGACAACAGAUUGGGCCCUAAAGUAACAGGCUGAAGGCUCAGCCAUUAGGACAUAGGGCCAUGGUAACUGGGCUACAGGUGUGUAUGUGUGUGUGUGGGGGGGGGGGGGGUUAGCCUUAGCCACACCAGUGGUAGCAUCAGUUAAGUUGGUCACACCUCUUGUGUUAUGACUACCUUAGUUCCUAAUACGGGACAUCCAGAGUUAACCAGUUGCCAUUAGUGCGCGCACACACACAUACUCACACACACACACAUGCACAGGCCACAUACACACACACACACAUGCACACGCACAUACACACACGCACACGCACACGUACACGCACACACACACACACACACGCACACAUACUCACUCACACACAUGCACAGGCCACACGCAUGCACGCACACACACAGGCGCACACAUGUACACACACACUUUCCUGAUAUUGAUAAUAUAUUUAACUUCAAUAUAUUGCAUCGUAUGUUAUUUCUGUAAGGGUAACAGUGAGUGUCAUUAAUAGUGGAAAAAAUGUUGAUAAAAUGUGAUAGAAUAUUAAUCUUUAGGAUGUAAUAUGAUAUCUCACGUCCACCAUAAUUCUUUGGUUGAGCUGCCAUUUUUCCAAGAUAUUUUUUCCUCUGGGGAAAUCUGGGGUGUCCGGAAGGAAUUGUAGGUAACAUUAGCAAUUGUUUUAAUGUAUGUGAAAUGUGCUGGACAUUAUCAGGCACCAUUGCAAGUAGAAUUUUGUUGUUAUUGAACUUCUGUGCAAUUCUUUCAAUAAAAUAUUGUUUUACCAGCAGAAAAA